GGGCGCGGAGGGCGAGAUGAGUCUAGUGGGGGGCUUCCCCCACCACCCGGUGGUGCACCAUGAGGGCUAUCCGUUUGCCGCCGCCGCCGCUGCUGCCGCCGCCGCCGCUGCCAGCCGCUGCAGCCACGAGGAGAACCCCUAUUUCCAUGGCUGGCUCAUCGGCCACCCCGAGAUGUCGCCCCCCGACUACAGCAUGGCCCUGUCCUACAGCCCUGAGUACGCCAGCGGUGCCGCCGGCCUGGACCACUCCCAUUACGGGGGGGUGCCGCCGGGCGCCGGGCCCCCGGGCUUGGGGGGGCCGCGCCCGGUGAAGCGCCGGGGCACUGCCAACCGCAAGGAGCGGCGCAGGACUCAGAGCAUCAAUAGCGCCUUCGCCGAACUGCGCGAGUGCAUCCCCAACGUGCCCGCUGACACCAAACUCUCUAAGAUCAAGACGCUGCGCCUGGCCACCAGCUACAUCGCCUACCUCAUGGACCUGCUGGCCAAGGACGACCAGAACGGCGAGGCGGAGGCCUUCAAGGCCGAGAUCAAGAAGACAGAUGUGAAAGAAGAGAAGAGGAAGAAGGAGCUGAACGAAAUCUUGAAAAGCACAGUGAGCAGCAACGACAAGAAAACCAAAGGCCGGACGGGCUGGCCGCAGCACGUCUGGGCCCUGGAGCUCAAGCAGUGAGGAGGAGGAGGAAGAGAGUGCGAGUGAGCUGGGGCCCAGGAGCCGGAUGCAGACCCAGGACUCCGGGCAAGCUCUCCGCGCUCCGCUCCAAGGACUACUUGCAUUUGGAAUCAUUCGGUUUAUUUAUGUGCAAUUUGCCUCCCCUCUCUUUGCCCCGCUUUGAGGCAUCCACUCCCCACCUCCCCUUCCAAAAAAAGUGGAUAUUUGAAGAAAAGCAUUCCAUAUUUUAAUAUGAAGAGGACACUCCCACGUGGUAAGGAAUCCCGUCGUCUUGUAGAUUCUCUGUGUGUGAAUGUUCCCUCCUGGCUGUGUAGACACCAGCGUGGCCCCCUCCCCAACUACCCCACCCCCUUCCAGAUAAAGACAGCGGACAUUAGUGUGUAUGUGAAGUGUAUCUUUAAUACUUGGCCUUUGGAUAUAAAUAUUCCUGGGGAUUAUAAAGUUUUAUUUCAAAGCAGAAAACGGGGCCGCUAACAUUUCCGUUGGGGUCGGUAUCUAGUGCUGUCGUUUCUUCUGUGGUUGUUCCUUAUUCGAAGAUGUUUUCAACAGCUACUUGUUUUGUGCACUUCCGUCCUCUAAAGCUAAGUGGAAUUUAAUUAAUAUUGAAGGUGUAAACGUUGUAAGUAUUCAAUAAACCACUGUGUGUUUUUUUUACAAAACCCUAAUCUUUUAAUAGUUGAUACCUCAAAAGAGUUUUGAAAACAAAGCUGUUAUAUUUGUUUUCAUAAUAUUUAAAAUAUUCAGAAGUAAACUAAAUUAUCAUGAUUGCCUCUAACUUUAUUUGAAAGAGUCAGUGGUUCCGACCAAUCAUCAACGUGAGCUCUGGUCCUUGCAGGCUGAGGAAGUCCCUUAAAGAGAAGGGUGCUUGGUGAAAAUCCUGCCAAAGAGCCUGGGGUCUCCCCGCUCCCGUCCCUCCCCCCCCCAGCUCCCAGGAG